GCAGAGCAAGAUGGCGGCGCCUACUAAGCAGUACGGGCUGAUCUUGUCCCAGAAGAAGGGAGGGUUAAAGGCAGCAGCCCUGCAGAAACCCUCAGUGUUUGGAGAUGACUCCGAUGACGAGACAUCAGUUGGAGAGAGUCUGAAGAGAGAAGCCAUUAAAAAGAAGAUGAUGAAGCAGACACGUUUGGAGAUGCAGAAGGCCCUGGAAGAGGACAGCACCGUGUACGACUACGAUGCCGUCUACGAUGACAUUCAAAAAAAGAGAAGUGAAGCCACUAAAAAAGUUCUUGGAGGUGCUGACAAAAAGCCAAGGUAUAUCCAGCAGUUAAUGAAAGCAGUCGAUGACCGAAAGAAAGAUCAAGAACGGAGGGAAGAGAGGAAGAUCCAGAAGGAAAGAGUGGCCGAGGGAGAGAAGUUUUCAGAUAAAGACGCUUACGUUACCUCCGCCUACAAGCAAAAGCUGCAGGAGCAGAAGGAGGAACAGGAGAGAGAGGACAGACAGUCACAGAUAGAAGCUGCUUUGGACGUGAAGAAACAAAAUGACCUGACUGGCUUCUACCGACACCUGCUCAAUCAGACUGUAGGAGAGGAGGAGAUACCAGAUCGCUCAGCAAACAAGCCUCAAACCUUGACGGUAAAGACAGAGAAGACUUCACCUCUUCCUUCGCCUACAUCCCAUGACAAUAACGCAAGUUCAUGCAGCGACAGCGAGGAGGGGCACGAGCAGAAGUCUGGGUUUACCAAGCUGGGCGCAGGCUCUACACACCCCAAACGCCAGUACAGACAGAGGUCGCCAUCGUCAGGAAGUGGAGAAGAUAAGGAGAAGGAAAGAGAGAGGGAGCGAGAACGACAUAAGAAGAGUCACAGAGAUCAAGACAGAGGGAGGGACAGACAUGGAGACAGAGACAGGAAUCGUGGAAAGGAAAGGGAUGACAGACAUGGAGGAAGAAGAGACGACAGGGAUAGAAGAAAGGACAGAGAACGAGGAAGAGAGGAUGACAGAAGUAGAGGCAGGGGGGAUGCAGAGAGGGAAGACAGGCACGGGAAAAGGGCAAAGAGCCCAAAAGAAAGAGAGAGGGAUAAGAAUGGGGACAGAGAGAAGAGGAGGAAUCCGGCUGAGGAUGAGCGGAAGGACAAAGACCGGGAACAGGAGAAGGAGAGAAGGAAGGAGCAAGAGAAGGAGAAGACGGUGAAGAAGGAAGAAAAUGACCCAGAAAAGAAGGAAGAAGAUAGAGGAGAAGAGGGAAAGGAGAAAGAGGAAAUGGAGGAAAAGGGGAGCAAAUUUGCAAAGCGCAGCAACGAUCAUACUUUGAGUUCAGCCAGAGAGCGGUACUUGGCCCGACAGAUGGAACGCUCGGCCUGUAAGAGCUAUAUCGAGAAGGAGGAGGACUGAGAGCUGUUGAGCACACCACACACACAGACACACACAUCCCUGAUCGGCACUCAAACUAUCUCACUCAAGAGGAUACAACUCGUGUUGUCGUUUUUUCUUCAAUAAAUCCACUUCAAAUCA